CAGCUCAAACCCCCAGAAUCAAAAUCAUCAUCAUGGACGCAACGGCAGUCAACUCAUACAAGAAGGUCGCCUCGCACGAGGCCCACCGUGGCGAGUUUGCCACCUGCUUGCUGCUGUACAGCGGCGGUCUCGAUACGUCCGUCAUGCUCAAGUGGAUCCAGGAAGAGUACAAGUGCAGCGUCAUUGCGCUCACGCUCAACCUCGGCCAAACCGCCGACGAUCUCACCGCCAUCCGCGAGAAGGCGCUCAUGCUGGGCGCCAAGGAAGCCAUCGUCGUGGACGCCACCGACGAGUUUGCCGACGACCUGCUCGCAGAGGCCAUCAAGGCCAACGCCGACUACCAGGGCGGAUAUGCGCUCGGCUGCCCGCUCGGCCGAGUCAUGAUUGCCCGCAUUGCCGUGCGCAUGGCCGCCCAGUACAACUGCCAAGUGGUUGCUCACGGCUGCACCGGCAAGGGCAACGACCAGGUCCGCUUUGAGAGCUACAUUACCACCCUCAACCCCAAGCUCAAGACCAUCGCGCCCGUCCGCGAGUGGGGCAUGGGCCGUGACGAGGAGAUUGACUAUGCUGCCAAGCACAACAUCCCCGUCAAGCAGAAGAAGGACUCGCCAUACUCGUACGACGAGAACAUGUGGGCCAACACUGGCGAGGGCGGUGAGAUUGAAAACCCCGAGCUGAUUCCCCCGCUCGACCGCAUCCUCCAAUGGUGCAAGACCCCAGAGGCCGCCCCGGAGACCGCCGAGACCCUCCGCGUGGACUUUGAGAAGGGCGUCCCCGUCGCCAUCGCCAUCGAGUCGCCCGACGCUGCCGGCGCCGUCGCUUCGGCCUCCAAGCCCCUUCCCCGCCAAAAGCUCUCCGACAUUAUCCGCUUUGCCAACAAGAUUGGCGGCAACCACGGCGUUGGUGUCUUCCAGCUGAUUGAGGACCGCGUCGUCGGCCUCAAGGUCCGCGGCGUGUACGAAAACCCUGCCGCCACCAUUCUUAUUUCGGCACACCGCAAGCUCGAGUACCUCGUCUCGACUCGCGAGGAGAACGAGCUCAAGUACAUUAUGGAUAACAAGUGGGCAUACCUCACCUACGGCGCCAAGUGGUACGACCCCGUCAUGUACCACAUCCACGCUUACAUUGAGAGCCAAAACCAAAAGGUGUCCGGCACCGUCUUUGUCAAGCUGUACAAGGGCAACGCCACCGUGGUUUCGCUCUCCUCGCCGCACUCGCUUUUCGAUCACAGCCUGGCCACCUUCAACAAGUCGGCCACCUUCAACCAGAACGCAUCGGCUGGCUUUAUCGAAAUCUGGAACUUGCCCCAAAAAACCGCCCACUCGGUCUACAACUAUGGUGCCGCAAUGGAUGCCCAAGGCAACGGCGGUGCUGCAGGCCACGGCUUGGCGUAUGUCUCCAAGUAGAGAUCUAGUAGUUUUGUGAAUUUUGACAAAAGAGGGGUGAACGAGGAUUUGUAAAUCUACAAAAAGUUACCAUUCUACUG